CAGAGCUCGUGAGGGAUCUGUGCAUGGUGUUCAAGCGAGACCCGGGGACGUCGAACGCGUGCGCGUACGACAUCGACCAGGCGCUGAGGGGGCUGGUAUCAGAGAGCCGGGGGCUGAUGUCACGGGGGCUGGUUGCGUUAUCGACGGAUCACGCGUCAAGGAACGUCAUGGAGAGAGUCCGAGGAAGCCUACAGAGCCUGGGAUCGGCGGUCAUGGUGUACCUGUCCAAACUCACAGAGUCGCAUGCCGCGCUGGAGAUGGACCAGCAGGGCAACCUGAUGGUGUUCCAUCACAUGCGGAUGAGGCUGCCGCAGCUCGCGGGAGGCUUCAGGUCGAGGUGGAAGAGAGUAGCCAAGGUCAGGCUGGACGGGUGGGAGACAGAGCUCGGCGACGGAAACAGCAAGGUGUACGCUUUCUUGAACGGGCAGGUCAAGAGCUCGUCGAUCGAAAUCAACCUCUUCUAUCACUACGCGGGGUCGGGGGUGUGCUACUUCACUCGGAGAUACACCAUCAGCCCGACGGGAGUCCGUCAGGACAUGCGGGUGUUGAAGGAUGGGUCGGAUACGGAGAGCCCGAGACACUUCUACAUCAACAUGCCGAGGCAAGGGGAGGCAGACAGAGCCUUGUUGGCGUCCAUAGAGGAGUCUGAGGAGCUUCACCUUCCGCAUUGUUGCGGCGGCUCUCAUGAAGGAAGAAGCCUGCCCGGAGGUGGGGAGAAGGCUCUCAGGAAGGAUGUAUACCUUGCUGGCGCGGGUGUGUACCAGUGGGAAGAAGCGGUGGAGGGACUUGAAAUUUAUUAAACUGCAGUACCGUCC